AUGUCUCCCAACUCUACAGAUUCUGAGUCGGCCCCUCGGAAAAUACGCAAAGGGACAACAAGUUGCUGGCAAUGCAAACGUCGCAAGAAGCGGUGCGAGUUUGGAUCAGAGUCUACAUCGACUUGUUUCAACUGUCAGCGUUUUGGGCUCACCUGCACAAGCCAGGCCUUUGAAGAACCUGAUACCAAUGAAUCUCAAUUUCUCAGCCAACGAAUUGAUCAAGUCGAGGUAUUGGUGAAUCAUCUGCUUAAACAAAGAGAUUACUCGCACCAGAUCAAGAAAUCGGGCGCAUUAAAUAAAUCUCAAAAUGUGAUCCAACGAAGAGGACUCGAGAAUACGUUCACUCUCAACUCCGUGAGUCAUGAAAGGCUUUCAAGAGGACCUUCCUUGAAUGGAUACCUUUUCUCAAUUCUCCCCGACCCAGAUACGACUAUUUUUAUUCUGAGCAGCCUUAAGCUUUUUGCUUCACCCCUUCAAGUGACCAAAAAAUUGGAUGAGGAAUUAUCUCAUUCCACAGAACGGACCCCAAAGACUCAUCUCUCAUCAAAUGCCCAUCCGAUAGUUUUAGCUCGAAGGCUUAUCCAGCUUGCCAUCUGUUUAAAACAAUUUGAUGCAUCAUCCUCGCAGCCGAUCAAGCUACAUAUGAAUGAGUCACUUGAUGCUGCUGCAAAGCGAUUUGUGGAUAUUUCAUCUCAUCUUGUCGUUUCACAGGACUACCUGGUCUGGUCUCUUGAUGGAUUAGACACUAUUAUGCUUCAAUCCAGCUAUCACGUUACGAUUGGCGACUUUAAAUCCGCGUGGGCAAUCCAAUGCCGCGCGGCAACCAUCGCACAAGAAAUUGGGUUAGAAAACAUUGCAGGAGAACUAGGUGUACGAGCAGAACACCUGUGGUUUCAAAUUAUCUAUACCGAACGUUUUCUGUCGCUUAUACUCGGGGUUCCUUUCGCGAUUGCUAGUAAUAGCUUCGCUAGCACAGCCCAGUUAAAUCUCAGCGAACCAUGCCAAAAAUUAGAGCGCAUACAUGCUCUCAUUGCGGGUCAUAUUAUUACCAGAAAUUUACGCAUGCAGGGUAUCCGUGACUCUGAAGGCGAUGAGAUACCUCAAUUCGAGCACUACAAGGAAACUAAAAUUAUCGACCGCAACCUGAAGAAUGCGACUCGAACUUUACCCUCGGAGUGGUGGCUUGCUCCACCUUUGGACUCUGCUUCGGACAGUGAGGCUUCAGAAAAAGCAGCCAGGCUUUUCGCACAGAUGCACCAGUACUAUUUAUUGGCCCUUUUGCAUCAUCCUUAUCUGAUCUACUACCAAGGUGAAAACCAUGGCCAGCGAGAUUACAGCUAUAGUAGAUCAGCGGCAACAUUAGCGAGUCGUGAGUUGCUUUCACGUUAUCUCGCAGUUCGAAAUUAUCGCCGAUCGCCAUCAUAUAGAGGCCUUGAUGAAAAGGGUUUCAUGGCCUGUAUAAUUCUGCUCUUUGCCCAUUUUACCACUCAUGGAAAUGACGAUCUGGAUUUCCUUGAGCAUCAACGAUCGUAUGAUCUUGGUAUUAUCGGGAAAGUGAUUUCGCUCUGGGAAGAUAUUUCUAUACACCAUGGUGAUUUGCAAUGCGCCUCUUACUUGCAAAGAUUGAGGCGAUUCAUUGAAAUCGAGGAAGAUGCAGCAAAUGGGUCGCUUUAUCAUACAUGGAUCGAGGAGGGGGCCAGUCGGAAUCUAGUGGAACAGGGCUUGAAUAAUGAGUCUGAGAGUCGGUUCUCGUUUCCAUAUUUUGGAGAUAUUGUCAUCGCAUCUCAAAAGCCUCUGCAAGUUGAUGCCGAGUCAAUUCUUUUGGAAUUUGAUCAUCAACAAGAACCUGACAUAGUAUGCUUUGAUGAUUGGAUCAGCAAUGAGAGUGGAAAUAAUUCAAUUUGA